GCAUGAUCCCGGUAGAGGCGUUAGUUCCCAAAAUAUUUUGAACUGUCAUCGUGUGCGUUGUGUGCCUGUUUUGCAAAUAGUCCAUUUUUCUCAUAAACCAAGAUGUUCCUCACCAGGUCAGAAUACGACAGAGGAGUCAAUACAUUCUCCCCCGAGGGACGUCUCUAUCAGGUAGAGUAUGCCAUUGAGGCAAUUAAACUCGGCUCAACGGCCAUUGGGAUCUGCACGAAGGAGGGUGUUGUUAUUGCUGUUGAGAAAAGAAUCACGUCACCCUUGAUGGAGCCUACGGCUGUGGAGAAGAUCGUCGAGGUGGACAAACACGUUGGCUGUGCGACAUCGGGGCUCAUGGCGGAUUCCCGGACACUGCUGGACAGGGCAAGGGUUGAGUGUCAGAAUCACUGGUUCGUGUACAAUGAACGAAUGCCGGUGGAGUCCUGUGUACAGGCAGUGUCCAAUCUGGCCAUUCAAUUUGGAGACAGUGAUGCUGGUGGUUUAGCUAUGAGUCGCCCCUUUGGGGUUGCUCUCUUAUUUGCCGGAAUUGAGAAUGGAGAGCCUCAAUUGUGGCACAUGGAUCCAUCCGGAACGUACAUCCAGUUCGAUGCGAAAGCUAUAGGAUCAGGAAGUGAAGGGGCUCAACAAAAUCUUGAGAGCAACUACACUCCUCUGAUGUCUCUAAAUGAGGCUGUAAAUCUGGCCCUGAUCACCCUCAAGCAAGUCAUGGAGGAGAAAUUAAACUCUACAAAUGUCGAAGUGAUGACCAUCACUCCUAAGGAUCUCUUCCAGAUGUGCAAGAAGGAGACCGUCGAGGCAGCCAUCGAGAGCAUCAAAUAAAAAACCCAGCUUGUAUCUUUUUUUUUCAUUUAAUAAAUCACAAGAAAAUAAAAAAAAA